GGGGGGAUUUCGCUGGAAGCCAAACCAACUUGCCUACCAUCAAGGUGGUAAUGUGCUUCAUGAUAAUUCCUUGUCUUUAGGUCCAGGUCGUCGAUCUUCAAGAAUAGAAAAUUCGUUUACUUUCUCCAUCGGUGACAUUGUCAUCUUGAGACUAUCCCUUGGACAUGGCGACCCCGGACAAAUUCGUCACAGUAUUAUGGACAACCAAUUCAAACAAAUGGGGAUACGAUUUUCGCAAGGUAUUCAUCUUAGCUAUCACUGCCAGUGCCAUUAUGCGUCAUGAUCGUUUUAUGAUCAUUCUGGCAAGCCGCAGCGUCCAAGUCUCCCAAAGUAGGCUUAAGGCCGCCUCAGACUGGGCUGCUUGUUGUUGUUUGCUGGUCAUUUCCACUCUGGGCGUUAAAUUGCCUCAGAAUGUUAUUGAUCAACAGUUCGAUCUUGGCUUGAGAUCGAUUGCAUUACCCUGGUAAAUACUAUGGUAGUGUCAAGAAUUCACUAAGCGCGCAGGUUCAGAUGUUUUCUUGAUUACAGUAGACUCUUAAAUUAAAUCAGUGGUGUGUAGUUCAGUUGAACAGCUCGCACAAGCGCAUCACCAGAUGCAAAUCUACUUGAAGAAGAUGGAUGGCCCUGAGUUUCGGUCCCCAGCCUAGUGACCAGCGAUCUAUUUACAGAUGAGUUGGCAGUGAUUUGGUCUGGCCA